AUGAAGAUCAGGAAGAGGAGUUUUGAAGCAGAUGGUUCUGGUAGCAUUAAAUUAGAAGCCAUUGAUUUGGACGAUUGGUGGGUUCUCUACAAUUUGAUUGUUCCUGGAGAUGCUGUUAUGGCUAAUACCGUCAGGAAAGUUUCGAAAGCCGGUCGGGGUGGAAAAAGUUUGGAGCACGUUAAGCUGAAGUUGGAAAUCAAUGUUGAGGCGGUAGAUUAUGAUAAAGAAGCAUCAGUCUUGCGAAUUCGUGGAAAGAAUGAGUUAGAGAAUGACUAUGUAAAGAUUGGAGCGUUUCAUACUUUAGAACUUGAGCUGAAUCAACCCUUUAUUUUAACUAAGGAGCACUGGGAUGCAGUGGCAUUAGAUGUGAUCAAUCAGGCUGCUUCUGAUUCUGCUUCAGGCGCUGCCGAUCUUGCUGUUGUUUUGAUGCAAGAAGGAUUAGCACAUAUCUUUCUUGUCGGGAGAAGCAUGACUACUGCUCGAGCCCGGAUUGAAGCUUCGAUUCCGCGAGGAAAGAAUGGGGUUACGGCAUUGAAUAGGUUCUUCGAGCAUGUGUUGAAGGCUUUUAUGAAACAUGUUGAUUUUAAUGUGGUUCGCUGUGCCGUGAUUGCAAGUCCCGGGGAUAUGAAAGAUCAGUUUCAUCGUUACUUAUUACUGGAGGCGGAGAGGAGAUCAGAAUUGAAGUUGAUUAUUAAGAAUAAGUCACGCGUUGUUCUUGCGCAAACAAGCUCGGGAAACAAGCAUUCUUUGAAAGAAGUUCUUGAUGCUCCGGAUGUCAUGAACUUGAUUAAAGACACUAAAGCAGCACAAGAGAUCCGAGCCCUCAAAGAUUUCUCAGACAUGCUUUUGAAUGAUUCUGCUCGAGCAUGCUAUGGACCGAAGCACGUGGAGGUUGCACAAGAAGAAUAUAUGGCUAUACAAACGCUUCUCAUCGCAGAUGAUCUUUUCAGGAAUGCUGACAUACCAACGAGGAGAAAGUUUGCCCAUCUGGUUAAAUCAGUGAAGGAUUCAGGGGCCACUGCUCAUGUAUUUUCAUCAAUGCACGUUUCAGGAGAGCAGUUGGCAAUGUAUUCCGGCAUCGCUGCGAUUCUUCGAUUUCCUUUGCCAGACCUUGAAGAUAUUGAGGUGUGA